AUGCCCCGCAGUAUAUCAAGGUCGCCGUCGUACUCGAGGAGGCGGCACUCCCGUUCCCGCUCACCGGCCGCGAAUCACCGCCGCAGCACCCGCCGCCGCGACCGUUCGCGUUCACCUCACAGCAGGCGAAGAAGUCGUUCGGUCACACCAAGACGACGGAGAAGUCGAUCUCCCGCUUUGAGGCGUCGGAAGAGCCGUUCUCCAACACCAAGGCGUUACCGGAGACAUAUAAGCCGGAGCCCUUCUCUGUCUCCUUCACCAAAAUCUAGUACUCCCAGCUCAAAUUCUGAUACCAAGCAAUUGAAAAAGGAAGAAGAAGAAAAGAAAAGGCUGCAGAAUGAGGCUGAGCUGAAACAAUUAGAAGAAGAGACGGCAAGGAGACUGGAGGAGGAGAUUCGGAGAAGAGUUGAGGAGAAAUUGGCCUCUGAAGAAGUCAAGUUAGAUAUUGAAAGAAAAAUUGAAGAAGCUCGGAAAAAGUUGUUUGACGAUGUUGAAGAGAAACUUAGAAAGGAAAAGGAAGCUGCUCUUGCUGAUGCUAGGCGAAAGGAGGAACAAGCUCGGAGGGAGAGAGAGGAGCUCGAUAAGAUGCUGGAAGAGAAUCGUAGGAGGGUUGAAGAGGCUCAGAGGAGAGAAGCUAUGGAGCUGCAGAGGAAGGAAGAAGAAAGGCUCAAAGAGUUGGAAUUGAUUCAAAGACAGAAGGAAGAAGCUGCUCGAAGGAGAAGACUUGAGGAGGAGGAGGAGGAGCUAGCAAAUGAACACAUGUUACUAUCGGGUAAGAACAAACCUCGCCAAAAGUCGAUAGGUCUAUAG